UGGCGUGUGAGUUUUUGUAGUGGUCCUGCUUUUUUAUUUUGCCAAUUCAAAAGAGAAAUGAAAAUGUUGAGAGAAUAUAUUACCAGAAGUGAAUUACGUUGGAGGAAUAUUGUCAUUAUAGUUACUUGGCACGUUAUAGGCAUUUAUGGAUAUUUUACUUUUCCUUAUUUAGAGAGAAAAAUGACUUUUCUUUGGUUCGUUUUCACCUUUGUCCUCUAUUCAAUGGGAUUAAGUUGCGGGGGACAUCGCUUAUGGGCUCAUCGAUCUUUCAAAGCAAAAGUGCCUCUUCGAUUGAUUCUGGCUUUUCUAUUCUAUGGAAGCGGCAUGUACACAAUUUCCCAAUGGGUAAGGAUUCAUCGAGUGCAUCAUAAGUACUCAGAAACGGAGGCUGAUCCGCACAAUUCAACUCGCGGAUUUUUCUAUUCACACAUGGGUUGGGCUUUGACAAAACCCAGUGAGGAAUGUCUCAAAAGACUACGGGAAAUUGAUGUCAGUGACCUAAAGACUGAUCCAAUAAUUCGAUUCGGAGAUAAGCACUUUAUAGUUAUGAUGCUUUUAAGUUCUUUUUUCAUCCCUACAAUCGUACCAAUAUAUUUUUGGAAUGAAAGUUGGUAUUGGGCGAUCAUGUCUCAAGUUUUCAUGCGCUACAUAUUAAUAGUGAAUGCUGCUGCCUCUGUGAAUAGUAUCGUACAUAGGUGGGGUACAAAACCUUAUGACAGGAACAUAUACCCAGUGGAUAGCAAUCUUGCUAAUUGGAUAUCAUUAGGUGAGGGAUCGCACAAUUAUCAUCAUACCUUCCCUUGGGAUUAUAAAGGAGCAGAAUUUGGAAAACGCCAAGUGAAUUUACCAACCUUUAUCAUUGAGCAAUGUGCCAAAAUCGGUUGGGCCUAUGAUCUCAAAGAGCCAUCCGAAAAAUUAAUCAGAAUGACUUAUCAUAAUAGAGGUGACGGCAGUCAUCCAAAAUUAAGGGGUUAAGCCUAAAAUGUCAAUUUUUUUACAUAGUUGUAUUAUAUUUCAUCAUUUCUUACAAAAUUAAUUUUAUAAAAAAUGUUACGAUAUAGUUAAAAAAUGCCUGUUAGCUGUUUU